GGCAGAGCGCGCGGCCAGCUUUGCAGAGAGCGCCCUCCAGGGACUAUGCGUGCGGGGGCACGGGUCGCUUUGGGCUCUUCCACCCCUGCCGAGCGCACUAUCCCGAGCCAGGGGCGGCGCAAGCCCCGCCCUGCCCUUCCCAGGGCGGCUCCUCCCUCCGCGGCGCCGAGACUUUUAGUUUCGCUUUCGCUAAAGGGGCCCCAGACCCUUGCUGCGGAGCGACGGAGAGAGACUGUGCCAGCCCCAGCCGCCCUACCGCCGUGGGAACGGUAACUGCAGCCCCCACCUCGACCGGCGCCUCUCCAGCCCGCCGGCCGUGCGCGCCUUGCCUCCCUCCUUCCUGCCGGCUUCCUAGUUCCCCCCUGCGCCCCCAGCGUGGUCUAGGGGAGCCUGGUUGAGUGGGACUGAGUGGCCCCGACGGCCUGCGCUGAAACUUUGGGAAGAGGGCCCUUUCCGCUCUCUCCAUCGCUUGCCUUGCUCAGCUUGUCCUCCCUUCCCUCCUAGCCGGGGGGCUGGGGGACACCUCGUACUAUUCGAGAUUUAGGAGAGGAGGGCUCGUGAUCUGGCACAGCGGCUAACAGCGAGGGCACCUUUGCCUGCGUUCCGGUCCCCACCCCUUGCCUGCCGGCGGUGGGACCUGUUAAAUGGGAACCACGGUGAUCCCCGCUGACUGUUGGCGGGGAUAGACAGAGUUGAUUAUGAUGGCAGAUGAUCAGGGCUGUAUUGAAGAGCAGGGGGUUGAGGAUUCAGCAAAUGAAGAUUCAGUGGAUGCUAAGCCAGACCGGUCCUCGUUUGUACCGUCCCUCUUCAGGAGCCAUCCCAGGGUUGGGGGAUGCUACAAUGGGGAGCCGGGGCAUUUCUGCCGGUCAGCAGAGAAGGGAGAGGCCAGUGUGACCUUCCCAGCCCGAGUUUGAAUGGUCCUGUGGAAAACUCCAGCGUGCAGUUCACUGCUGAUUCAGUCACAGGCCUUCAGGGCCAGGCGGCCUGUGCCAGUCUUCUAUCCCCUGCUGAGCUCCGAGCAUGUUGAGUUUUUAUUAUUACAGAGAAGAAGGAAACUCACUUCCUGUCGUCGCAGAGCACAGCCUAGUUCUGAUGCAGAGGGGACUGUUUUCAGAUGGAGACACUAGUAAGAAGAAGAAAAAUGUCACCAUGCGAUCCAUCAAGACCACCCGGGACCGAGUGCGUACAUAUCAGUACAACAUGAAUUUUGAAAAGCUGGGCAAAUGCAUCAUAAUAAACAACAAGAACUUUGAUAAAGUGACAGGUAUGGGUGUUCGAAACGGAACAGACAAAGAUGCCGAGGCGCUCUUCAAGUGCUUCCGAAGCCUGGGUUUUGACGUGAUUGUCUAUAAUGACUGCUCUUGUGCCAAGAUGCAAGAUCUGCUUAAAAAAGCUUCUGAAGAGGACCAUACAAAUGCCGCCUGCUUCGCCUGCAUCCUCUUAAGCCAUGGAGAAGAAAAUGUAAUUUACGGGAAAGAUGGUGUCACACCAAUAAAGGAUUUGACAGCCCAUUUUAGGGGGGAUAGAUGCAAAACCCUUUUAGAGAAACCCAAACUCUUCUUCAUUCAGGCUUGCCGAGGGACCGAGCUCGAUGAUGGCAUCCAGGCCGACUCGGGGCCCAUCAAUGACACAGAUGCUAAUCCUCGAUACAAGAUCCCAGUGGAAGCUGACUUCCUCUUCGCCUAUUCCACGGUUCCAGGCUAUUACUCGUGGAGGAGCCCAGGAAGAGGCUCCUGGUUUGUGCAAGCCCUCUGCUCCAUCCUGGAGGAGCAUGGAAAAGACCUGGAAAUCAUGCAGAUCCUCACCAGGGUGAAUGACAGAGUUGCCAGGCACUUUGAGUCUCAGUCUGAUGACCCACGCUUCCAUGAGAAGAAGCAGAUCCCCUGUGUGGUCUCCAUGCUCACCAAGGAACUCUACUUCAGUCAAUAGCCAUAUCAGGGGUACAUUCUAGCUGAGACGCAAUGGGUCACUCAUUAAUGAAUCACAUUUUUUUAUGCUCUUGAAAUAUUCAGAAAUUCUCCAGGAUUUUAAUUUCAGGAAAAUGUAUUGAUUCAACAGGGAAGAAACUUUCUGGUGCUGUAUUUUGUUCUCUGAAUUUUCAGAGACUUUUUUAAUAAUGUUAUUCAUUUGGUGACUGUGUAACUUUCUCUUAAGAUUAAUUUUCUCUUUGUAUGUCUGUUACCUUGUUAUUAGACUUAAUACAUGCAACAGAAGUGACCUCUGGAGAAAGCUCAUGGCUGUGUCCACUGCAAUUGGUGGUAACAGUGGUAGAGUCAUGUUUGCACUUGGCAAAAAGAAUCCCAAUGUUUGACAAAACACAGCCAAGGGGAUAUUUACUGCUCUUUAUUGCAGAAUGUGGGUAUUGAGUGUGAUUUGAAUGAUUUUUCAUUGGCUUAGGGCAGAUUUUCAUGCAAAAGUUCUCAUAUGAGUUAGAGGAGAAAAAGCUUAAUGAUUCUGAUAUGUAUCCAUCAGGAUCCAGUCUGGAAAACAGAAACCAUUCUAGGUGUUUCAACAGAGGGAGUUUAAUACAGGAAAUUGACUUACAUAGAUGAUAAAAGAGAAGCCAAACAGCAAGAAGCUGUUACCACACCCAGGGCUAUGAGGAUAAUGGGAAGAGGUUUGGUUUCCUGUGUCCAGUAGUGGGAUCAUCCAGAGGAGCUGGAACCAUGGUGGGGGCUGCCUAGUGGGAGUUAGGACCACCAAUGGAUUGUGGAAAAUGGAGCCAUGACAAGAACAAAGCCACUGACUGAGAUGGAGUGAGCUGAGUCAGAUAAGAGAAUACCUUGGUCUCACCUAUCCUGCCCUCACAUCUUCCACCAGCACCUUACUGCCCAGGCCUACCUGGAAGCCACCUCACCAAGGACCUUGGAAGAGCAAGGGACAGUGAGGCAGGAGAAGAACAAGAAAUGGAUGUAAGCCUGGCCCAUAAUGUGAACAUAAGUAAUCACUAAUGCUCAACAAUUUAUCCAUUCAAUCAUUUAUUCAUUGGGUUGUCAGAUAGUCUAUGUAUGUGUAAAACAAUCUGUUUUGGCUUUAUGUGCAAAAUCUGUUAUAGCUUUAAAAUAUAUCUGGAACUUUUUAGAUUAUUCCAAGCCUUAUUUUGAGUAAAUAUUUGUUACUUUUAGUUCUAUAAGUGAGGAAGAGUUUAUGGCAAAGAUUUUUGGCACUUUGUUUUCAAGAUGGUGUUAUCUUUUGAAUUCUUGAUAAAUGACUGUUUUUUUCUGCCUAAUAGUAACUGGUUAAAAAACAAAUGUUCAUAUUUAUUGAUUAAAAAUGUGGUUGCUUAAUUCCUAA